AUGUUUGCGUACUUACAUCCACGGUUGGUCGCUUACAGAAAAUUGUAUUUAUUGUUUUCGGCUCGCAGCUGUCGUAUCGCAGCGAAACAGUUUCCGAUGUUCGUGUAUUGCUGUUUGAACAUUGUUGUGAGGUCUGAUACGACAACGUAUGUAGUACUAUUUAUACAGGAUUCUACAAUAUUUUCGUUGGCUUCAACUGAGAUUGGAGAUGCGAUACUUUCUUAUACAAGCCCCGCUACUGGUAUAACUAUGAGUCUAUCGUCUUCGAGCGGCACGUAUACGUCGCUCGCCGGGCUGCAUUUUCCUAAAUGUUUCCUCCAAUUUCCGCACGAUCGACAGAGACGGAUAGAGAGGAAAAGAGAGAGAUGGAAACAGGCACCGGAAGAGACCUCUCGAACUAAUAAGCCGUCUAAUAAUUGGAGAGCUUUCCGUUACAGGGAAAAAAACCGUCGGUGCUGUUCCAUGAUGCAACCAGUCAGUAAGCAUAAGCAGACUAGAACACCAGCAGUAAGUAAAACCAUAAUGAUUCCGUACUUGAUAAUAAUAAUGUUUCUUGGAAUAACGUACACAAAAUUAUUUUAUAAUAAACAUAAAGUACUCGAAGAGGUUCUAACUUGCUCUUGGGUUUAUAUGGGUUCACCUGAUUCUAUAAGAGAACGCUUAAUUUUCCGACAUUCUGUUCAUGAUAUAAAUGUAAGAUAUUUAAAAAAAAUUAACUACGCCGCUUCAUAG